AUGCAAAACUUUAUCAGCCCCUUCUUCAGCGCCGUGGUCAAGACGCUGGAUGUGGGUGCCAAAGAUGGCGUGAAGGAGGCUCAAAAGGCCGUUGUUGAUCUCGAAACCCAUCUGUCCCACCUGCAACAAGAUACAGACAUCCCCAAGUUUGAGCCGCACAUCGAUCCUGACAUUGCCAAGGCCUUGGCUGCCGCACAGGCUCAGGGUCGUACCGCAACCGUUGCCGACCUCGGCCCGCGCGCCACCGAUCCCAACUUUCUCAAAUCCCUUGAACGUGUUGUGGCCCGGUGGAUCACGGACAUUCAGAAAAUCACCAUGCUUGACCGUGAUCCCUCCUCUGGUACGGCCCGUCAAGAGAUUAGCUUCUGGCCAGGCCUGGCCAGCGGAUUCGAGGCUCUUCAGGAACGCCUUCAUGGGCGUGACAUUACCCUGACACUUGAUGUGCUCAAGGAUGCGGGUCGCCAGCUUCUGCCCAUGCGCUUCGCCUCUGACACCAACCUGACGCGCGCUGACACCGUCAAGGAGUACGCGACUCUGAUGUCCAACUUUCCCAUCAACGAGAUGCUCACCGCUACCGAACUCAGCACUCUUCGCGACUGGAAUGGCGCUUUGUUUGGUCCACUCACUUUGGCCCAUGCCAUUUUUGCGCGCACCUACGAUUUGCUCAAGGAUAUUGACAAGACCUGGCAAGAGCAGGUUGGUCGCAACUUUUUACACAUCCACAAAGUAACCCCUCCCGCUUUAACACCACUGGCAGCCCUCACCACUCAGGGCAAGCACAAGCCCGUUCUGGCCAAGAUGACGUUGAUGUAUGAUUUUCGCAAUGAACACCACAAGCUUGCCUCUGUCAUCGGCAAAGUGCUUGCCCACCACGAAAGUGGCGACGAAGACGAAGCGUUUUUGACCGAGGGUGACCUCGAUGCCAUUGAGGAGGUGCGACUGGCCUAUGAGGAAAUGCGCACGGUCGACGUCAUGGAUCUCUCCGAGGCUGGUGAUCUGGCCUGGGACCGUGCCAUGAAAAAGUACGGCGACCGCAUCGACAAGGUCGAAACCACCAUCAUCGAGCGCCUCAGCGAUCAACUAAGCAAAGCAAAGAGUUCGUCGGAAAUGUUUCGCAUUUUCAACCGAUUCAAUGCGCUCUUUGUGCGCCAGCGCAUCCGCGGUGCCGUUCGGUCUUAUCAAAAGGAGCUCAUCAAAAAGGUCAAAGAGGAUAUCAAGCAUCUUCACGAAAAGUUCAAGGCUUCUUACUACAACUCAAACAACUCGGACAUGUCGCAUGUUCGUGACAUCCCACCCGUGUCAGGCCAGAUCAUCUGGUCCUUGCAAAUCAAGCGCCAGCUCGAUCAGUACAUGGACCGUGUCAAAUCCGUGCUGGGUGACGACUGGGAGAAACAAGCCGAGGGCCGCGAGCUGAAAGAGGAUCAAGACUACUUUAAGAGUCGCCUUGAUCGCUCCGACCCUUACGAUGCAUGGCUCGCUGAUGUCGAGAGCCGUGAUUCUGCUCUUGAAGAGCCCAUCUUUGACAUUGAGCUCUUCCGCGGCGAGCAAACUCGUCUCGAAAUCUUUGUCAACUUUCACGAUCGACUCAUCACCAUGGCAAAGGAGGUACGCAAUCUCAAGGCCCUCAAGCAUCAUAAGAUUCCCUUUGGCGUAGCGCACAAAGCCAAAAAGGUGGACGGUCUAUACCCUUUUGUCAUCUGCCUCAAAGCCGCAGUCAAGACGUACACCGCCACCCUCGAUCGUCUCUCUGAGCGACCCCACUUGCAUCAACUUGUUGCACAGUGGCACGCCAACGUGCAGUCGCAUCUGGCUGCCGGCAUCAACUACACUUGGUCUAGUAACUUGGAACAGUAUGCCUUUGUUCUGAUGGCAGAUGUGACCCAGUUUGAGGACAAGACGGAGGUGGUUUUUGCCCGUGACAACGAGGUGCAACAGGUCCUUGAGGAAGUGCAGACCUGCCCCUUCACCCCGCAAGCUCUGACGGCGUUGCGUGAUCGCUUGCAAAACACUGUACAAGCCAUGCUGGCCGACGGCUUCAUCAACAUGCAGCACUGGUUUGAGGCGGUAGAGGCCAGUCUGGAGGCCCGCCUGGUGGGCCGCCUGGAAAAGGCUACCGAGCAAUGGUGCCGGGCGCUCACGGCCGCCAUUCGCCCUCAGACUGAAUGGGACAUGGGUGAGAGUGACGAGGCCAGCACCAAGGACUUGCCAUCCAUCAAGAGCCACCGCUACGAGCUCCAGCUUCAUGCCCAAACCAUCGCCCUGCAGCCUCCAAUGGAGCGUGUCCAGAUGGACUUGAUGCACCAGCUGCAGGAUUAUCUGGCUGCCGUUACCUCUCUGCCCCGCGUGGUGGUGGAUAGCACGGGACAGCUGUCCGCCGGUCCCAUGGCCACGCGCACCCAAGCCAGCUAUGGCAACCUUCUUGUGCGGCUGCCCAGCGAACGCGCCGCUCUCAUUCAAGCGUUUACCAUGAUCCAGGAGCGCACGCGUACUAUUGAUGUCUACGUGCAACAGUGGUUCGGCUAUCAGACCCUUUGGGAUGUGCAGCUGGAAGUCAUUGUGCAAGAGUUGGGUGGUGACCUUGAGCGCUGGCAGGAGCUACUGACAGACAUCAAGAAGGCCCGCAAACUCUUUGACACCUCUGAAACCGUUCGUCGCUUUGGGUGCGCCGAAGUGGACUUUGCCCAGGUUCAGUCACGCAUCGCGCUCAAGUAUGACUCGAUCCAUCGCGAGUUUAUCAACCACUUUGCCCACCUUGUUGGUGAGACCAUGCAAGCGUUUUACAGUGACAUCCACGCCUCGCGCGAGAAGCUCGAGUCCAUUAGCAUGUCGACCACCAACACCGAGGACAGCAUUCAAAACAUCAGCUUGAUUCAGCGCAACCGCAAGAAAGUGGCCAAGUAUGUGGAUUUGGUGGACCAGUGCCUCAACAGCGAGUCGCUGCUGGAGCGCCAACGCUACCCUCUCCCGGCCGAGUGGCUCCGCGCCCAGCAGCUCAGCGGCGAGUGGGAGGCCUUCCUUUCCAUCUUGAAGCGCCGCGAGAAUGCCUGCGGCGACGAGAUGGUCAAUCUGCAGAAGCGCAUCGUUGACGAGGAGCGCAGCUUGGAAACACAGAUUGCCGAGCUCGUCACUGACUGGGACCGCAACAAACCAUCCGGCGGCGACGUCAGUCCAGACGACGCCGUCAACCACCUGCAAAUCUUCGAGGGCCGUUUUGUACGCCUCAAAGACGAAUACGAGAGCCUUGUGCACGCCAAACAGGCCCUUGACCUUGAGACAAAGGACGAUCACCGCCUCGAGACGCGACUGGAGGAGCUGCGUGACCUCAAGGGCUCGUGGAACGAGCUCUCACGGGUUGUGCAGAAGAUGAACGAGCUGCGUUCCACCGAAUGGGGUGCCGUCGUGCCGACCAAGGUUCGCGCAGCUCUGCAGGGCCUCAUCGACGACAUGAAAGCCAUGCCCACGCGCGUCAAGUCGUAUCCCGCCUAUGAGCUGCUGCUGGACGCGGCUCGCGCUCACCUCAAGGUGAACGAGACAGUCGCCGUCCUCCGCGGUGAUGCACUCAAGGCUCGGCACUGGAAAAUGCUGCUUCGCGCCCUUCAGGUCAACUGGGACAUGGCAACCCUCACCCUCGGUCAGGUCUGGGCCGUGGAUCUCCUUGCCAAUGCCCACAAAUUUCAGGAAGUGCUUCUUCAGGCCCAGGGUGAGAAGGCUCUUGAGGAGUUCCUCAAGAAGAUCAAGGAAGACUGGCAGACGUACGAGCUGGAGCUGGUCAACUACCACAACAAGACCAAGCUGAUCAAGGGCUGGGAAGACCUCUUCACCCUGGCCAAGGACCACCUCAACAAUCUGGCUCAAAUGCGUCUCUCGGCGUACUUUAAGGUCUUUGAGGAGGAAGCCGUGGCCUGGGAACAAAAGCUCAACGCCAUCUACACCCUCUUUUGUGAUGUUUGGAUUGACGUGCAGCGCAAAUGGGUCUACCUCGAGGGCAUUUUCAGUGGCAGUGCAGAUCUCAAGGCUCUGCUGCCGGUGGAAACCAACAAGUUUCAAGGCCUCAGCAACGAAUUUGUUGGCCUCAUGCGCAAGGUGUCCAAGCAGCCCUUGGUCGUCGAGGUGAUGAACAUCCCGAAUCUGCCCCGCACGCUUGACCACCUCAAGGACGUGCUUGAAAAUAUCCAAAAGGCGUUGAGCAAGUAUCUCGAGCAGGAGCGCGCCUCCUUCCCUCGCUUCUACUUUGUGGGCGAUGAAGAUCUUCUGGACAUUAUUGGCAACGGAAAGAACGUUGACCGCAUUCAGAAGCACUUUAAGAAGAUGUUUGCGGGCGUGACCAGCAUCGUGCUUCGCAACGACAAUGCUGUUUGCGCGGGCAUUGAAAGCAAGGAGGGCGAGCUUGUGCCCUAUGCCGAUCCCGUCCAGGUCAAGGACCAAAAAAUCAAUACCUGGCUCACAGCCUUUGAGCGUGCCAUGAAGCUUUCGCUGGCUUCACUUUUGGCCACGUCGACCGCGCGAGUUGAUCGCUUCCGCGGAACAGGCUUUGAUCUCGCCGCCUACCUGCAAUGGCUUGAUGAGUUCCAGGCCCAGCUCGUCCUGCUCAGCGGUCAAGUGUCCUGGUCGCGCAGUGCUGAGGCAGCCUUGGCCGCAGCUGAUACGGCCAAGGAGCUCAGCGCGCUCAUUGAUUCGCUGGUGACCACCCUCAACGGGCUGGCCGAUACGGUGCUUCAGCAUCAGCCCGUGAUCCGCCGGAAGAAACUGGAGCAGAUGAUCACAGAGCUUGUUCACAAGCGUGACCUCACCCGUUCCCUGCUCCGCGAUAACGUCGCCUCCCGCGAGGAUUUUGCCUGGCUGCAGAACAUGCGCUUUUACUUUGAUGCCAACGAGACCGAGGUGUUGCGUCAGCUCUCCAUCGGCAUGGCUGAUACCACCAGCUACUAUGGCUUUGAGUACCUGGGAUUCGUCGAUAAGCUGGUGCAGACACCUCUCACGGACCGCUGCUUCCUUACCAUGACACAGGCCUUGGCGGCGCGCCAAGGUGGUAGUCCCUUUGGUCCUGCUGGAACGGGCAAGACGGAGUCGGUCAAGGCCCUGGGCGCACAGCUCGGCCGCUUCGUGCUGGUGUUCAACUGCGAUGAGACCUUUGACAACCAUGCCAUGAGCCGUAUCUUCGUGGGCUUGUGUCAGGUCGGGGCCUGGGGUUGUUUCGACGAAUUCAACCGACUGGAGGAGUCCAUGCUCUCUGCCGUUUCGCAGCAAAUUGAGAGUAUCCAGCUGGCCCUCAAGGCUGGAGCUGGUAAAACGGGCGAGGAGGCCAAGCGCGCCAUGACCGUCCGCCUCUCGGGCGGCAAUCCCAUCCCGGUGAACCCAGACAUGGCGAUUUUCAUCACAAUGAACCCAGGCUAUGCAGGUCGCUCCCCACUUCCCGACAACCUGAAGAAGCUCUUCCGGAACCUGGCCAUGACCAAGCCCGACCGCCAACUCAUUGCUCAGGUGAUGCUCUAUUCGCAGGGCUUCCGUACCGCAGAGGAGCUCUCUCGCAAGGUCGUUCCACUUUUCAUCCUCUGCGCCGAGCAGCUCUCCGCGCAGUCCCACUACGACUUUGGCCUGCGGUCUCUCAAGUCCGUCCUUGUUUCAGCUGGCAACAUCAAGCGCGACCGCUUGGCUGCCGCGCGCCAGGCGCUCACGGCGGCUGGGCGCACCAUUGACGAGGAGGCCGUCUCGGCAAGCAUUGACGAAUCGGAGGUGGUGAUUCAGUCCAUCACACAGACCAUGAUCCCCAAGUUGAUUGCGCAGGACAUCCCCUUGCUCAACAGUCUGCUUGCCGACGUGUUCCCCGGCGUGACGCCGCCAGAAAUCCCGCUGGACGAGCUCAAACAGCACAUCCGCGACAUUUGUCAGGAGCGCCAUUAUGUGGUUGGUGACAUGUGGCUCACCAAGGUGCUGCAGCUGUACCAGGUGACGACCCUCAACCACGGUCUCAUGCUUGUGGGGCCGUCCGGCGUCGGCAAAUCGGUGGCGUGGAGCGUUCUCCUCGAGGCUCUGCGCCGCUGGGAGAAGAAGGAGGCCGAAUCUUACGUCAUCGACCCCAAGGCUAUUUCCAAGGAGCAGCUGUACGGCUACCUGGACAUGACCACCCGCGAAUGGACGGAUGGCUUGUUUACACACAUUGUGCGAAAGAUUAUUGACAACGUGCGUGGCGAACGGAACAAGCGUCAAUGGAUCAUCUUUGACGGCGAUGUCGACCCCGAGUGGGUUGAAAACCUCAACUCGGUCCUCGAUGACAACAAGCUGCUGACCUUGCCCAACGGUGAGCGCCUCAACCUCCCGGAGAACAUUAGGAUCAUUUUCGAAGUCCAAGACCUCAAAAACGCCACCCUCGCCACGGUGUCGCGCUGUGGCAUGGUGUGGUUCUCCGAAGAGGUCUUGACGCUGGACAUGAACUACACACGCUUCCUCACCGUCAUGCGCAAUGAAGUCCUGAGCGAGGACAGCACCCUCACUGAAGCGGACCAGGCAGCCGCACUUCGCCUACAGGGCACCGUGGCAGAUACGCUCGCUGUUUUCUUCCAACCCGACGGCCUCGUCUCUCAGUCGCUCAGCUACUGCCAAGAUCUGUUUCACGUCAUGGACUACACGCCGGCGCGCUGUCUGAAUGCGCUCUUCUGCAUGCUGAAUCAGAUCUGCAACGUUCUCAGCGAGUACAACCAGACACACCCAGACUUCCCUCUGACCGAAGACCAGGUGGCGGCUUACACGCAAAAGCGAUUCCUCUAUUCCCUGAUGUGGUGCUUGGUGGGUGAUUCCCGUGGCGCCGUGCGCUCAGAAAUGAGCACUUUCCUCAAGAGCUCCACGACCAUUGACACACCAGAUGGUGACAUUAUUGACUACAAGGUGGCGCUUCCGGAUGCCACGUGGCAGCCCUGGGCCGAUCAGGUACCGCGUAAGGAGAUUGAGACGGAUCAGAUCGCUGGCACGGACGUGGUCGUGCCCACUUUGGACACGGUGCGUCACGAGGACCUCCUCUACACUUGGCUUUCGGAACAUCUUCCCAUCGUGUUGUGCGGACCUCCGGGCUCGGGCAAAACCAUGACGCUGUUCAGCGCGCUCCGAGCUCUUCCGCACUUUGACGUGGCCGGGCUCAACUUUAGCAGCACCACCACGCCCGAGCUGUUGAUGAAGACCUUUGAUCAAUACUGCGAGUACCGUCGCACGGCCAACGGUCUCGUGCUUGCGCCGACACAACUGAACAAGUGGCUCAUCGUCUUUAUGGACGAGUGCAAUCUCCCUGCCGCUGACAAGUACAACACGGUGAAGGUCAUCACAUUUGUCCGCCAGCUCGUCGAGCAGGGCGGCUUUUGGAACACGGACGAGCACACCUGGGUCAAGCUUGAACGCAUUCAGUUUGUGGGAGCGUGCAAUCCACCCACGGACCCCGGUCGUGUGCCGCUCGCCCACCGUUUUCUGCGCCACAUCCCUGUGGUCUACGUCGACUACCCGGGCGCGGAAUCCCUCAAGCAGAUUUACGGCACAUUCAACCGGGCUGUCCUCCGGCCGCACCCGAAUCUCGAGCCCUACGGCGAUACGCUCACCGAAGCCAUGGUCGACUUUUACAUGCAGUCACAGCAGCGUUUCACGGCGGACAUGCAACCUCACUACAUCUACUCGCCGCGCGAGAUGACACGCUGGGUGAAGGGCGUGGCUGAGGCCAUUGGCCCUCUGGCCAAGAGUGGCGUCGAGCUCAAGCUCGAAGGCCUGGUGCGUGUUUGGGCGCACGAGGCCCUGCGCCUCUUCCAAGACCGCCUGGUCUACGACGAGGAACGUCAGUGGACCGACGAGAAAGUCGACGAGGUUGCCAAGGCUCAUUUCCGCGGCAUCGACCUGCGCGAGGCCAUUGGGCGGCCCAUCCUCUUCUCGGAUUGGUUGACCAACCAGUACGGUCCCGUGGACCAGGAAGAGCUGCGUGAGUUUGUGCGUGAAAAAUUGCACACCUUCACGGAGGAACAGCUGGACGUCGAGCUUGUGCUCUUCGAUGAGGUGCUGGACCACGUGCUGCGCAUCGAUCGCGUCUUCCGGCAGAACCAGGGGCACAUGCUGCUCAUUGGCACGAGUGGAUGUGGCCGGACCACAUUGUCCCGCUUUGUGGCCUGGAUGAACGACUUGAGCGUGGUGCAGAUCAAGGCCCACAACGCUUAUACGGCCAGUGACUUUGAUAACGACCUUCGUGACGUGCUGCGCCGUUCGGGUGUGGACGGCGAAAAGAUUGUCUUUAUUCUGGAUGAGGGUAGUCUCAUGGACACGGCCUUUUUGGAGCGCAUGAACACCCUCCUGGCCAACGGUGAGGUGCCCGGCCUCUUUGAGGAUGAGGACUACGCUGCUCUCAUGAGCAAGUGCAAGGAAGCCUCCCGCCGCCAGCAGCUCAACCUGGACGACAACGACGAGCUCUACAAGUGGUUCAGCCGCAAUGUCAUGAACAACCUGCACAUUGUAUUCACCAUGUGCCCAUCUGAGGCUGGCAUGCAGGACCGCGCCUCAACCUCGCCCGCUCUUUUCAAUCGCUGCGUUCUUGAUUGGUUCGGCGAUUGGUCCGACCGCGCCCUCUUCCGCGUUGCCCGCGACCUGACAGUGUCAAUGGGCCUCGAGCUCGCCACCUACGAGGCACCCAUGGACUUUCCUGCGGCUUUGGCCGACUUUGUCGAGGCGCCCACCUAUCAGGAUGCCAUCCACAAUGCGGCCGUGUAUGUGCACACGAGCGCCAAGCAAGCCGUGCGCAUGCUGGCCAAGCGCGAAGGCCGCAUCGUCUCCGUUACCCCGCGCCACUACCUGGAGUUUUUGGAGCAGUUUGCCCGUUUUGUGGCCGAGAAGCGCCGCGAAUUGGAGGAACAGAAGGAGCACUUGCUCUCCGGUGUGAUCAAGAUUGCGGAAACUAAGCAAACCGUCGAAGAGAUGCAGGGCUCACUGGCCGAGAAGGAGGCCCAGCUUAAGGAAAAGUCCGAGUUGGCCAAGCAGAAGCUGGAGGUGAUCCUUGAACAAAAGCAGGCGGCCAACGAUAAGAAGACCGAGUCGCUUAAGAUUGACGAAGAGUUGCAGGUCAAGCAGCAACAAGCCAACGAACGCAAGGCCCAGGUGGAGGAGGAGCUGGCAGCUGUGGCCCCCGCCGUUGAGGAGGCCAAGCAGGCCGUGAGCGGCAUCUCCAAGAAGGAUCUGGAUGAAGUGCGCAAGCUCAUCAACCCACCCAAGAAGGUCAAGCUUGCCCUCGAGGGCGCGCUGACCCUGAUGGGCAAGCACACGACCGACUGGAAGCAAAUCCGCAGUCUGAUCGCGCAGGACAACUUUACCCGAGAUGUCCGCAACUUUGACACCGAGUCCGUCACGCCCAAGGUGAUGAAGCAGCUUCAGCCCUACCUGGACGACCCCGACUUCACGUUUGAGGCAGCCAACAAGGCUUCCAAGGCAGCGGGUCCGCUGGUGAAGUGGGCUCGAGCCUCGGUGCUGUACGCGACACAGUUGCUCAAGAUUGAGCCUCUUACCAAUGAGCUUCGGGAUCUCGAGCGGGCGGCCGAGGAUAUGCAGGUUCAGCAGGCCGAGCUGCAGGUUCUGAUCCAGGAAUUGGAGAGCAAGAUCCAGGAACUGGAAGCCGACUAUGCUGUGCUCAUCAGCGAGCAAGAAGCCAUCAAAGCCAGCCUGGCCACGGUGUUGAAGAAGGUUGAGCGGUCGGAGAAGCUGCUCCGGGAUCUCUCCAGCGAGCGCGAGCGUUGGUCCGACAGCGCAAAAGACUUUGACGCACAGAUGAUCACAAUUGUGGGCGACUGCCUUCUGGCGGCUGCCUUUGUUGCAUACGGCGGCUACUUUGAUCAGAGCUACCGCCAAAUGCUUCUGUUCCGCUGGUCUGCGCAUCUCACCAAGGCGCGCAUUCAACACAAGCCGGGCAUCGAGGAGGGCCUGCCCGAGUACCUCUCCAGUCCUGAUGACCGCUUACGCUGGAAGAACCACAGCCUACCAGAGGACGAAUUGUGUCUGCAAAACGCGGUCACCAUCAAACGCUCGAUCCGUGCGCCGCUGAUUAUCGAUCCCUCCGGCCAGGCGCUGGCUUACAUCCAGAAAGAAAAGAACGAGGGUGGCAAGCUCGUGACAACUUCGUUCUUGAACACCGACCAGCUGCGGAAGGACCUCGAGAGUGCGUUGCGCUUUGGCACGACACUGCUUAUCCUGGACGCCGAGUCUUUUGAUCCGAUCGUCAACCCGGUGCUCAACAACGAGGUGCAGCGCAAGGGUGGGCGCGUCUUUAUCAACGUGGCGGGCAAGGACAUUGACUUGUCUCACAAGUUUAGCAUGAUUCUGAUCACGCGCAGCCCAGGAACCGAGUUUCCCGUGGACAUUUGCAGCCGCGUGACGCUGGUCAACUUUACCGUGACGCGCAGUUCCCUGCAGACGCAGUGCAUCAAUCAGGCGCUGCGUUCUGAGCGGCCCGACGUGGACAAGCAGCGUGGUGACCUCUUGCGUAUGCAGGGCGAGUUCCGCCUGAAGCUGCUGCAGCUCGAGAACCAGCUGUUGGACGCGUUGAACAAGGCUGAAGGCAGCAUUUUGGACAACGACGCCGUUAUCUCGCAGCUCGAGACCCUCAAGUCCAACGCCAUGGAGAUUGAGGCCAAGGUGCGGGACACGGACUCUAUCAUGAAGAACGUCGAGGCCGUGAGCAAGGAGUACAUGCCGCUGGCGCAGCGCUGCUCGGCCAUCUUUUUCACGCUCCAGCAGAUGUCGGCGGUCCACUUUUUGUACCAGUACAGCCUGCAGUUUUUCUUGGACAUUUUCACGGUGGUCCUGAACAACGACACCAACCCGGCCCUGGCACAGGUGGCGGCUGACGACUUUGAGCGUCGCAUUGGCGUGAUCAAUGACAGCAUCUUCCAAUUUGUGUAUGACCGCGUGGCGCCCGGCAUGCUGCACGAGCAUCGGCUACCCCUGGCGCUCACGUUUGCGCGCUUCCGCGUGGCGGGCGAUGCCGACGAAAUUCCAGAGGUGGAGAUGAACCACUUUUUGACGGGCGCAGCUGCGGUCAUGACUGGCGAGACUGCCUUUGAUGGCCUACUCGACCAUGGCAUGACCGUUGAGCAGACGCAGGCCAUGCACGCGCUAUCGCAAAAACUGACUGCGUUCCAAGCCUUGGCCCAGGAGGUGCAUGACAAUCGCGACGCCUUUGUCAAUUGGCUGCAACUGCCGCGCCCGGAACUGGAGCUCCCGACCUACGUGAGCGGCCUGCAUAUUGAGGGUUCCGACUCGGCCGUGCGUAAGCUGUUCCGCGAAAUCUUGUUGCUGCAAGCCGCGCGACCGGACCGUGUGCUGACGCACGCACACCGGCUUGUGCACCUCGUGCUCGGCGAUAGCUUUGGCGCUCUUAGCAUGGACCAGGACCCCAACGGUGUCCUUAAAACACAGAUCACGGCGGCUACCCCGGUGUUACUGUGUGGUGCCAAGGGCUUUGAUACCUCGGUGAAGGUUGAUGACUUUGCCAAUGCAGCCGAGAAGCAGGUGACGGCCGUGGCCGUGGGAGCGGCAUCAGCUGCUCGUGAGGCCCUGGACGUGUUGCGUGGGGCCAUUGCCAACGGCCGCUGGGUAGUGCUGAAAAACGUACACCUGGCCCCUUCUUUGCUGGUCAAGGUGGAGAAGCUGCUGAGCACCUCCAACCCGAACCCCAACUUCCGCCUCUUCUUGACUUCAGAAAUCAGCCCCAAGCUGCCUGUGACUCUGGUGCGCACGGCACGAACGUUUAUCUACGAGGCUCCAGCUGGUGUCAAGGCAUCAGUCACGCGUGCACUACAGAGCUUCUCAGAUCAGAUUGAUGCCGCGCCCUCGCAGCGCGCGCACCUUUAUUUGCUCUUGGCCUGGCUGCACGGUGUCAUUCAAGAGCGUUUGCGCUACGCGCCCUUGGGAUGGAGUAAGAAGUACGAGUUUGGCGAGCCAGAUCUGCGCACGGCUGCCGACACGAUUCACACUUGGAUCGACCGAACCGCUGACGGCCAGGCUAACGUCGAGCCAGCUGCAAUUCCUUGGGAGGCCAUUCGCACUUUGUUGAGCAAAUCAGUCUAUGGCGGGCGCAUCGACAACGAGAUUGAUCAGCGCCUUCUUGAAGCCUUUGUUGCCUCUGUGUUUACCGAACAAAGUUUUUCGCCCAAGUUUGAAUUUGUGCAGGCAGACAAGAGCAGUUCUACGCCGAGUAUCAAACCGCCGCAAGGCAAGGGCAAGCAGGAGUUGAUUGCCUGGGCGGCAUCGUUGCCUGAUGCACAGAUGCCCACCUGGCUUGGCCUACCGGCCAACGCUGAGGCCGUGUUGUUGAGCAACCGAGCCAAGGUCCUUGCAAUCAACAUCCAAAUGCUGCAGACGACAGAUGAUGACAGUCUUGACUUGGGCAGUGCGGAGGACAGCGAGCACCCAAGCUCCGCCACACCCGCCUGGAUGCGCACCCUCAAAUCCCAUGCGGCAGAAUGGCUAAGUGUGCUGCCGCCAGUACUGAACUCACUCUUGCGUACAGCGGAUUCGAUCAAGGACCCGCUCUUCCGCUUUUUCGAGCGCGAGACGACCAUUGGCGUCCAGCUGUUGCAGCGCGUGCGCCGAGACCUUGACAACGUCAUCAAAGUGUGCGAGGGUGAGAUGAAGCAAACAAACGAGAUGCGAUCACUCUUCACGGCACUGGUGGCAGGCAGCGUACCCAAGUCAUGGCAGCUGUACAAGAUUCCCGACGGCAUGCCUGUGGCACAAUGGGUGGCUGACUUUGCGCAGCGCACACUGCAGUUGCAGAGCAUCGAACACCACGUAACGGCGGGCAAUCCAUUGCCGGAUUUGCGCGUGUGGCUCGGGGGCCUGUUUGUGCCGGAGGCAUACAUUACGGCCACUCGACAGGCCGUGGCCCAACGCAACAACUGGCCCCUGGAAAAGCUGGCCCUGGAGCUGGAGGUCCGCAGCGGCGCUCAAGAUACACCAAGCGAGCUCACUAAUAGCUUCCUCAUUACCAACCUGCGCAUUGAGGGUGCCACCAGCAAGGGACGCACCUUUGCUCUGGUGGACGUGGCUUUUACCAUGCAUCCGCUGACAGUACUGCGCUGGGUGUUGCACGAGACAGAGCCCGACACCACGCAGUCGGUCAAUGUACCUCUUUAUCUCAACACGACCCGGGCCAACCUCAUUGCAGUGGUACCCUUUUUGCCGCCGGCAGAUGUAGCGCCCACCGUCUUUUAUCAGCGUGGGGUGGCCAUGGCUUGCUCCUCUCUCAGUGGUGUGAUUGCAUAG